AUGGCACAUACUCUCCGCGCCCCAACGGCUCCAUACAGCGAGCCGCUUCUACCGCAACUCGACAUACACAAUCCAUACUAUACCGAUCUUCACCACAAUCUCCGCGCCUGGAUCCGCAAGUAUGUCGAAAAUUACAUCGCGCCCUAUGCUCAGGAAUGGGAGGAAGCAGGCCAGGUCCCCGAGGAAGUCAGGAAACGCCAUUGCGAGCUGGGAUUCAGCAUCGUACAUCCCUUGACGACUGAGGAAAAUGCCGCAGGUCUUUCUCUGCCGGGCAACGUGCCUCCUGAAAAAUGGGAUACAUGGUGCUCACUUAUCAUGACAGACGAGUUGACGCGUGUGGGGUUCGUUGGAGUCGUCUGGGGGCUGGGUGCGGGGAAUGGAAUUGGGUGUCCGCCUAUUGCGAAGUUCGGUACGCCUGAGCAACAGCGUCGGUGGCUUCCUGGAGUUGCAAGGGGGAAUAUCCGAUUUUGUCUGGGAAUUACAGAACCUGAUGCUGGCUCGGAUGUAGCGAGCAUACGUACUACGGCUAGACGCGAUGGUGAUCAUUACGUUGUCAAUGGAGCUAAGAAGUGGAUUACCAAUGGUCUCUGGGCGGACUAUUGCACAGCUGCUGUGCGGACGGGGGGUCCUGGACGGUCGGGCAUCAGUCUACUGGUCAUUCCUCUCGCUGCCGAGGGAGUGACCUGUAGAAGAAUGUCCAACUCUGGUGUGAAUGCGAGUGGGUCUACCUUCAUUGAAUUGGACGAGGUUCGAGUACCCGUGGAGAAUCGAAUCGGGGAGGAGAACAAUGGCUUCCCACUGAUCAUGUCAAACUUCAACCCCGAGCGGCUAGCACUAGCCUGCGCCUCUCUCCGAUUAGCCCGCGUUUGUGCCGAAGAUGCUUUUCACUAUGCAGUCCAGCGGGAGACAUUCGGAUCCCCUCUCAUCCAGAGACAAGCGAUCCAAUCAAAGAUCUUCAAGUUUGGGCUGAUGAUUGAACCUGCAUAUGCGUUUAUGGAGCAGCUUGUUAACAUCCUGGAGCUCACUAAAGAUCGGCCGGUGGACGAUGUCAAGAUUGGAGGCAUGACCGCCUUGCUGAAAGUGAUGUCGACCAGGGCUCUGGAGAAGAGUGUACGGGAGGCACAGCAGAUCUUCGGAGGUGCUGGGUAUAACAAAGCUGGCAAGGGUGCCCGUGUUGAGCAAAUCAGUCGUGAUGCUCGGGUUCACGUUGUUGGUGGUGGUAGUGAGGAGAUUAUGCAAGGAUUGGCGCUCCAGGAAGAGACGAAGGCUUUGCGAUCGCGACGCAAGGCUCUUGAGAAGAGGCAGUCAAAGUUCUGA